AAAAGCGUCAAAUAUCACCAAUCGAUAGGCGUGGAGGAUCGGGUUUCGCAGCUUCAGAGGAAUCUGGAUUAUUCGCAGCAAAAAGCGUCUGCGCAAGAACAGAAAAUAUAAUUUUUUUUGAGCGAACAAUUGAUUUUCCACACAACAUCCAUUAUUUUUAUAGGAAUGAAGUUCUUGAUUUUGCACAUAGCGAGUAUUUUACUCGUGCAUGGUGUGUUUGGUGCUGAUGAUGCAGACAGAGUGUCAGUGUCUGUGAUGGAGGGAGAUUCAGUCACUCUACACAUUAGUGUUAAACAAACCCAACAAGAGAGAAUUAAAUGGUAUUUUAAUGACACUUGUGUAGCUCAAAUUAAUGGAGAUCCCUAUACAGAUAAUAAAUGUCACGAUGAUAAAGAGAGAUUCAGAGACAGACUGAAGCUGGAUCAUCAGACUGGAUCUCUGACCAUCACAAACAUUAGUACCACAGACGCUGGACUCUAUAAACUACUGAUCUUCAGCGGCGGCAGUGACAGUGACAAGACCUUCAGCGUUUCGGUCCUUGGUGUUUCUGCUGCUGAACGAGAUGAAGUGAAGAGAAAGUCAGUGAAGGAGGGAGAAUCUGUCAUUUUAGAUCCUGGUGUAAUAAAACACCCAAAUGAUGUGAUGAUGUGGUAUUUUAAUGACAUUCUCAUCGCUGAAAUCACUGGAGAUCAGAGUAAUACCUGCACAGAUGAUCAGUGUGAACAUGCUGACGGACGAUUCAGAAACAGACUGAGGCUGGAUCAUCAGACUGGAUCUCUGACCAUAACAAACACCAGAACCACAGAUACUGGACUCUAUAAACUGGAGAUAAACAGCAGCAGUAUCAGCGUCCGUCGUCGCCGCAGCAGUGACAUCAGCAUCAGCAGCUUUAAGAGCUUCAGUGUUGCCGUCUAUGAAUCCAGUCAGUCUGUAGCAGUAAUAUGUGCUGGUGUUGGUGUUCUCCUGCUGGUUUCUGCAGCUUUAAAUCACACCGCCGGUGUGAUCAAUUGUCACCGCAACAAAGCUUCAAAAGCAGGACAGAAUGCAAGUGUCACAUACAUACAGCUGAGUUAUUUGUAA